CAUGAAAUACAAAAAAGAAAAAAAGAAAAUCUGAUUGCCUUUUGACAAGAAAAUAACCGCUACGCAUAUUCUUGAUGUCAUCAGAUCUGAUUUCUCAUUCAAAUUAAAAAUAGAAAGUUAUGUUCAGAUUCGAAUUUGAAAAGAUCAGGAAACGAAUUUGAUUUAAUCGAAGGAUUUUUGUUAUAAGUUUGUCUUUCGUUGUUUUAUGUUUUUGUAUUUUUGAAAAAAAGAUUCUGUUAUGGCUGACGCGCACUCUGUGGUUCCCGCCUCCGUUCUCCGUAAUCUCUCCGAUAAGCUUUACGAGAAGCGGAAGAAUGCGGCACUUGAGGUUGAAGGAAUUGUGAAACAGCUAGCGGCUUUAGGAGAUCACGAGAAGAUAUCGGCGGUGAUCAGUUUGUUGACCACUGAGUAUACGUACUCACCACAAGCUAAUCACCGUAAGGGAGGAUUGAUAGGUUUAGCUGCUGCUACUGUUGGGUUGACUUCUGAAGCCUCUCAACAUCUUGAACAAAUUGUGCCGCCAGUGCUUAAUUCUUUUUCUGACCAAGAUAGCAGAGUUCGUUAUUAUGCUUGUGAAGCUCUAUAUAACAUUGCAAAGGUUGUCCGAGGAGAUUUUAUCAUGUUCUUUAAUCAGAUAUUUGAUGCUUUAUGCAAGCUGUCAGCUGAUUCUGCAGCCAAUGUGCAGAGUGCUGCUCACCUUUUAGAUAGGCUAGUGAAGGACAUUGUUACAGAAAGUGAUCAGUUCAGUAUUGAAGAAUUUAUACCAUUGUUGAGGGAACGCAUGAAUGUCUUGAAUCCCUAUGUCCGUCAGUUUUUGGUUGGAUGGAUAACUGUACUGGACAGUGUUCCAGAUAUUGACAUGUUGGGUUUCCUACCUGAUUUUCUUGAUGGUUUGUUUAAUAUGUUAAGUGAUUCCAGUCAUGAAAUACGGCAACAAGCUGAUUCAGCACUUUCUGAGUUUCUCCAAGAGAUCAAGAAUUCCCCAUCUGUAGAUUAUGGUCGCAUGGCUGAAAUACUAGUGCAAAGGGCUGCUUCUCCUGAUGAAUUCACUCGGUUAACAGCUAUGACUUGGAUAAAUGAGUUUGUAAAACUUGGUGGAGACCAGCUUGUUCCUUACUAUGCUGACAUACUCGGAGCCAUUCUCCCCUGCAUGUCUGAUAAAGAAGAGAAAAUUAGAGGGUUUGCUCGUGAAACCAAUGAGGAGCUUCGUUCAGUCAAGGGUGAACCAGAAGAAGCCUUUAAUGUGGGAGCCAUUCUCUCCAUUGCAAGGAGGCAACUGGAUAGUGAGUGGGAAGCCACGAGAAUUGAAGCGUUACACUGGAUAUCAACCCUUUUAGACAGACAUCGUUCUGAGGUCUUGUGUUUUCUAAAUGACAUAUUUGACACCCUUUUGAAAGCUCUAGCUGACUCUUCUGAUGAGGUGGUGCUCCUAGUUCUUGACAUUCAUGCAUGCAUAGCACAAGAUCCCCAACAUUUCAGCCAGCUUGUUGUUUUUCUAGUGCAAAAUUUCCGGAUCGAUCAUUCUCUCCUGGAGAGGCGUGGAGCUUUGAUAAUCCGUAGACUUUGUGAUCUCUUGGAUGCUGAAAGGGUUUACCGUGAGCUAUCCUCCAUACUAGAGGGAGAAGCAGACCUAGAAUUUGCCUGCAUUAUGGUUCAGGCAUUGAAUUUAAUUCUACUCACUUCUUCUGAGCUAUCUGAGAUUCGGAAACUUUUGAAACAGUCACUGGCUAAUGCUGCUGGAAAAGAUUUAUUUGUUGCUUUGUAUGCUUCAUGGAGCCAUUCACCAAUGGCAAUUAUAAGUCUCUGUUUAUUAGCUCAGAUGUAUCCGCAUGCGAGUGCAGUGAUUCAGUCCCUGGUUGAGGAAGAUAUUAACGUCAAAUUCUUGGUUCAGCUUGAUAAAUUGAUUCGUUUGCUUGAAACCCCGAUCUUUGCUUAUCUAAGAUUGCAGCUUCUUGAACCCGGAAGAUAUGUAUGGUUGCUGAAAGCAUUGUAUGGUCUUUUGAUGCUACUUCCUCAGCAAAGUGCCGCAUUCAAGAUACUGCAAACUCGUUUAAAAACCGUCCCAUCAUACUCCUUCAAUGGUGAUCAACUCAAGCAUGCAUUAUCAGGCAACCCAUACUUCCAUCACGGUGCACCCCAAAUUUCUGAGGAUGGUAACAAAAACCUCAAUAAUGGGAAUGUACAGAACGACAUUAAUUUUACUUCGUGGCUGGAACAGUUUGAGCAAAUUCAACGACAACACCGCUUGCUUGCGAAAUCACAAGCACAAUCUCGAAACAACUCAUUAUUGAAGGAUGGGCCAAAAGCUGAAGAACCCCUGCAGCUCCCAACAUCGAACACAAACCGGGCUGUUUCAAGAUCAUCUAAGAGAGGCCCGGGUUAGUUGCAAGUUGUUUGGUCAUCAAGCCACGGUUGCAGUGAGAUCCAGUAUCUGGUAGUAGUUUGUAAAGUUGUAAAUCUUAGUCGUUUUUAUUUUAAUUUAUUGGUGAAAAUUCGGGUUUUUAAAUAUAAGCUUUGUGGGGGAGGGGGGGUACCAAGCAAUUCUUUCUUCUUUUUUUUCGUUUUUUCCCUUUACAAACAAAAUACACCCAUGUGGUUCAGGUAUUUUUAUUGAAAAAAAUCACAUGGUUUUAGAGGGAGAAAAUGAAUUAGAAAAUACUGUUUUUUUUUUGUUCAUUGAAUUUUAUGUAAUAAGGGAACCUUUUUUAUUUUUCUAAUUUAAGUACAAAAAUAAUAUUUGUUGAA